AUGGCCGCUUACAUAGCCCCCCUUUCCCUUCGUUCACCAUCUCGCCAUUCCGCACGAGUAUCCCUCUCGACCCCCCCUUACGCAUCGCUGCCACCUCGCGUCCCGUCGCGCCCUCUCCGAGAGGUUCAAGCGAGCACGCUCUGCGGGCAGCGUCGCACGGGGUCGCCGCGCUGCACCGCGCAGCCUCGCGGCGCCUUCUCGUCGCUCGUCGCCGCCGCCAUCAUGGCGUGCGCCGGGCCGCGUUCUGCCCUUCAAGCUGGCCUCGCCGCAGUCGUCGCUGGGCUCGUUGCGCUCACGCUCCUCGUCAGCGCCGCCGCCCGCCAUGUGGAUGCGAACCGCCCUCCUCGCACGCUGCCGGCGGGCGACAGCGCCGCCCCCGAUGUGCGCCGCCCGUCUCCCGCAUUGCUGCAAUUCGAUUACGGCAGCGACGAGUACGACACUACCAUCCAAUUCCCCUGGGCGGAUGUGGGGUUCAAUUUUGCGGCGUGCUCCGACUUGGAUGCCACACGUCCGCCUGAUCCUGUCAACUCGGCGAUCGUUUGGGGCCGUGUGGCGGGCUUGCCGUCUUCUCGCGUGUGCCGCAGCGUCUCCUUCCACUCCGCCCCGGGCUGCGCCGGACCUCCCAUGGCCACGUACCUGCGCCCUGCCACCAGUGCCCCCACCACUAUGACGUUCCCUGCUUCCAAAAUGCCAGCGUCACUGAGAUGUGGGACGGGCUGCGGGGUGGACAAUGUGGACUGUGGAUCGGAAGCCAAGUGCACGAUAAGCGACAAGGGACAGGAGUGUGUGUGCGCUGGGGCUCUAGUCUUCGACGCCACUGCCAAGCAGUGCCGUGCCUGCUUGUCGCUGCAAGGCUGGAUACGUGAGGAGGCGGAACAAGUGCAUCGCAUCAACCCCCUCAACAGGAUAUUACUACUAGGGUUUGAUGGAAUGGGAAAACAGGGAGUGGGAGGAUUACUGGCAAGGGGGCCAAUAGGCUAG